AUGCAGGACUCGCCAUCCACCUUACGCGUUAGGGAGAACCAAAGGCGGUCACGGGCCCGGCGGAAGGACUUGCUCGAAAGCCUGCAGAAGCGAGUGCGGGAGUUUGAGCUACAAGGCGUCCAAGCGACGCUUGAGAUGCAGCAGGCUGCUCGAAAAGUUGCCCAGGAAAAUCAACAGCUCCGGCGCCUACUCGCCCUUCACGGCGUUUCCCGAGAAGAGGUGGAAUCAUUUCUAAGAUCUGUCGACCAACCUAAUGCAGCGGAAUGUUGCCCAACCACCGGACCGGAACCGCGGGUACCGUCAUUGACCUGUACUCCACAGAGGACGGUUGCUCCUUCUGUACCGGAUACAACUCUAUCACCCAGGAACUCGGUCGCGCAGGGCCCUAGAACUUGUCCUCUCCCUACAGCGGCUUCUGUUACCGGCGGACGGUACCUUACGUCGUGCGAAACUGCUGCCAGCAUCAUUGUCGAAAUGAGCGGACAUAAAGAUAGGGAGCUAGUCCGCGCUGCCCUCGGAUGCAAAAGCAAGGAAGACUGCAAGGUCAAGAAUACAACGGUCUUACAAGUCAUGGGCGAGCUGUAA